GUUGUCAGUUCGGAAAAUUGGCACGCGAUGAAAGGAGUGUAUUUCUUAGCAUUAUGCCAGAGUUUGAAGGAUUUUCUUCUGGAAACGAAAUAGUAAACAAGCAUGCAAGUCGCUGGCGUAAACUAAGCUUCGGCGUACCUGUGCUAGAUCGCUUGUCCAGCGGCGGAAUUCCUAUGAGGGGCAUCUUUGAGCUGGCUGGUGAUCCCGGCUCCGGCAAGACACAAAUCGCUCUAAAGCUGGCAUUGGAAGCCCAGCGCCAGAUCAAAGGGUCUUCUGUGGUAUACAUCUGUACCGAGCAUAUGUUUCCGUCCGGAAGAUUAUUGCAAAUGGAGGCUGAAUACAAACGGCAGAAUUCUCACGAUGAAGCGAUACGGUGUCAUCAGUUCGUGGACAAUGUUCUCGUCGAGCAUAUACGAUGUGUGCCCAAGCUUAUGGCGUGUCUGUUUGAUCGGUUACCGGCGCUGCUAGAGAAAACACUCGUUAGCCUUCUUAUCAUCGAUUCCAUCACAAACCCUUUCCUAGAGGAUGAGGACUAUGUUUCUAGAGCGCAAACAUUUCGUACAAUGGUACACCGGUUACAGGUGCUCCAGGAGCGGCAUAAUUUUGCCAUAUUCGUCACCAACCAGGUUCGGGCUGUGAUCGAUUCAGCGACACUCGACGACGAGCGGACGAUUCCUGCCCUCGGGCUGGCCUGGAGUACUCUGAUCCACACGCGCAUGCAGCUAUCACGGCUAGCGAACACGAAGCAAAAGUUAUGCUCAUUUACGUUCGGGUCCACCACUACUCCCGGCCAGGGGUUCUUUCAAAUCGAUGAAACGGGCCCGGUGGAUGUUUCAGACGCAGUUUCCCCUACAAAGUAAGUUUAAUUUUACGGGUUACACACCUGCAGAGGUUUACAGAUUUAUUAUUGUUCGUAAAGAUAACUUUCCGGUUGCCGAUCGACCACUGGCACGUGCCAGAAUGAGCGAUCGUAAUGCGGAACAAUAGUAGCGUAUGUUUGUGACCGUCCGUACCGUACACAUCAAUGCACCAGUUUCGACCAAAUAUGAUAAAAACGUAUAGAAAUAUAUAGGAAAGUUUAGUUAACAGCACAGUACAUAAUGUUUUGCUCAGCAAUACGUCCUAAACAGUUUCCUAAACAGAUCUUUAUGAGCGUUAACAUACACUUGUGGCUAGUAGUAGUAAGAUUUUCUUCAAAUAUUGUUCAAGUU